AUGAUCAGGACCACUUUUGUGAGCAAGGGAGGUCAGGUGAUUUACCAGCCAAAGGCGAUCGCUCUCAACUAUAUUCGAGGCUGGUUCUGCCUUGACAUGAUUGCUGCUGUGCCUUUUGACGUCAUUCUUGCUGUAAAACGGAGAGAAUUGGGCGAGGAAAAUAUUAACAAAGUGGUAGGAAAUAUAACAUUUGUGAAUAUUAUUAAUUCCGUGCAUUUUAAAUAA